AUGAACGACUCAGAAAACACGUUUGCGCCGGACAGCAAUAUGGAUCCCGAACAGCGUUCAAUCGCCCCCGAUCCUUCUCAUACAUCCUUAGACGAAAAACGAGAUGCAUCCUAUCCAACACCAAAAACUUUUCCUCACGAAGUGGCUUUCGUGAUUGUCGUCUGCGCCGCCCAGCUUAUGACACAAGCAGGCCUGGCAUUAUCAAUUGCACCCCUGAAACAAAUUAGCGAAAGUUUCAACAGCACUCCACAGAAACUGACUUGGGCUUCGUCAGCAUAUAGUCUGACGGUUGGAACGUUCAUCCUGGUAUCUGGAAGACUGGGUGACGUGUAUGGCCAUCGAUUGAUAUUCAUCAUUGGUUUCAUAUGGUUCGCUCUCUGGUCUCUUCUGGCCGGUUUCUCUGUGUGGUCAAAUCCCAGAUUCUUUGAUUGUUGUCGUGCCUUCCAGGGAAUCGGCCCUGCGCUUCUUCUUCCAAAUGCUGUCGCCAUCUUAGGAAGAACAUACCCACCAGGUCAGCGAAAGGGCAUGGUAUUUUGUCUGUUCGGGGCUGUAGCACCGGGAGGAUUCGUUAUCGGCGCAACUUUUUCGUCACUGAUUGCUGAGAAGUUGUGGUGGCCCUGGGCAUAUUGGAUAUGUGCGAUUGCCUGUGUGAUAUUUGCUCUGCUUGGAUUCCUAGUGAUUCCUUAUAUGCCACAAGAAAAGCCGCGACCUGACCUCUCCACACUUGCUCGACUGGAUGGACUUGGAGCUACGCUCGGGGUCUCAGGUAUGAUUCUGUUCAACUUUGCCUGGAACCAGGCCGCGACUGUUGGCUGGCAAGUUCCCUACAACUACGCUCUACUGAUUGUGGGUAUUUUGAUCAUCGGGGCUUUCCUUUAUGUUGAAAGCAAGGCUGCAUACCCCCUCCUUCCCCGUUCAGUCUUCAAAGGCGAGACGGGCUGGGUUCUUGGCUGUAUUUGCGCUGGCUGGUCUUCAUUCGGGGUCGUGGUGUUCUACUACUAUGCCAUCAUGACCAACAUUGAGUCAAAUACUGGGCUUCUUGUGACGGCCAAGUUCUCCGGUGCUGCUGUGUCAGGCGCCAUUGCAGCUGUGACUACUGCUGUGCUUCUCGGGCACCUUCCAGCCUGCGUGAUAAUGUUCAUCGCCAUGGUGGCCUUCGCCGCAGGUCAGGCGUUGUUAGUUUCGUUGCCCAUCGGCCAGAUUUACUGGGCCAACGCGUUCUUGAUCACCAUUAUCACACCCUGGGGAAUGGACAUGUCCUUCCCGUCUGGUAUCUUGAUUUUGAGCAAUGCUAUGCCAACUGAGGAUCAAGGUGUUGCCGGGUCGCUCGUGACCACGGCUGUGAAUUACUCGAUUUCAUUGGGAUUGGGCUUUGCUGGAGUUGUGGAGAGCUAUGUCAACGACGAUGGCCAAGCCAUUCUGAAAGGAUACCGCGGAGCCUCGUACAUGGGGCUUGGGUUGGCUGGAUUGGGUGUCAUUGUUGCGACCAGUUUUAUGAUCGUGACGUGGGCGAGAUCAUCCAAGAAGAAUCUGUAA